CGACCUUUUGAAUUCUGCCGAGAUUCUAGAUUCCCGCGUAGUCAGUUUUUAGUUUAUGUUAUUGUUGGUUUUUUAACUUAAAAUUUGAAAUACAUACGUACAUUGUUUUUAAUUCAUAAUGUUUAAUUGCAAAAAAGUUCCUGCCCAGUUUUCGCGAUUUGUAGGGCAAGAUGUGAUUGAAUUAGUACAAGUGGAUAAAUAUAUGAAAAGUUAUUCUGAAUCACUAACGGCGAAUGCAGAUGUUCCAGUUCGACUAUUCGGGAUGGAGUUGUACUAUCUGGAUUACGAAACUAUGCAGUGUUUACUAAUUGCAGCACGAGAUGGAAUCGGAAAACUGGCUUACCACGAAGUCCGCCGAGAUAUGGGAGAAUCGGAAUGCGCCAGCAGACGGGCUGAGAUUACCCACUUGUUUCGAUUGAUUCUUGGGCAGUUCAAACAGUUUCGUAAUAUCGAAUGCCUUGAAGGAAUUUCCAAAAUUAAUGAAUGUUUACCGGAUUUGGUGAAGGUAGCGGAAAAUACUGGUGCAUUCAAGGCAACUGACAUGAUCUUUGAAAGCUACGAAUAUUUCCAUGCUGUGUUGGAUUGGCGAUGGUUUGGGCUAGUGUUGAAUUUAGAACUUCCGAACAGCGGUAUGCGCAAUGAACUGUUCUGUGCUUUGUAUCAACGAUUGCUAGAAAGUUUGAUUCGAUUGGCAAGAUUUAAGUACAACAAAAUUGAACGAAAUGAUUUACCCUACAAAGCUCAGUUUUACUGUCCUUGUAUACAGAAACUAUGGAUCGGAAUGAUGGCUUUAUCUACGAACACGAGUUUUGACAUAGAUUUUUGGAUAUAUUUGCAGAAUGCUCUUGAUACGGUUGAUGCAGAGAAACGAUAUAGAAACAUAACAGUAAAACAGUCCGUUAAGUCUAACGAUGUUCUAUUUCAAACGUGGCUCAUGAAUAGAAUUAUAUCGUUAUAUCAAACCCGGAUUUUGGACGAAGAAACAUUCAAAGAAUCUCCGGUGAUUACCCUAGUUGAGGAUCUGGCGAUAUUGAAUCGAGCUUAUAAAGAGGUGGCUUUCGUUGGAAAAACCGAAGAGCAAAUGAGGACAAUUCUAUUGUUGAUCAAACCAAUCUACACGGAAUGGUUGACAAUUAGGCAUGAUUUUCUCGUUUCAUUGUGGGAUUAUUUUAGCAAACGAUUAAACUCGUCUUUUCAAUUAACAUCUGAACCAUUGAGUAAUCUAGCGUGCAUUAAUCGUUCGCCUGCAGGAUUUAUGGAACAAGCACGGAAACAAUCGGGAGCAGCAUCGUUCAAAAUGCUCAAUGCCAAAGACUCAAGUUUCAAGAUCUAUUUAUGUCUCCUUAGUUUCGUAUUACGCCAUUACUCUGAAACUGCCCAGAAAACGAAAGUAUUGAUCCUCUUCAACCGGACGAUACUGAAAAUUGUCCCACCAAAAUUAGAAACAAUCACAGAACAAUAUAUCUAUAACUACUCACUUCUAAUGCUCACCAUGAUUGAAUCUACUCCAUAUCAAGAUGACUAUCCGAGACUUUCGAAACAGUUGCUUAAAUUUAAACUAGAUCAGACGACAUCUGCAGCAGGAGUAGACAGUUGUAUCCGUCGCAUCACAACCAUAACGCUUGCUAAUUUGGCCUUGAUCCUAACGUUCAGUGCACGAGGGUACGAUCAAGCAAGUCAUUUGCAUCAUUUUUUGAAAAGUAUAGAGGAAGCACGUAGCAAAUUCGGAGAAAGGUUGCAACCGACUCUACAUGUGCUAGCCGAAGGAAUGUGUACUGUGUUCGAUAAGGCCAUCUCCAAGGGGUACUUUAGGCAAGUUGAAGCUGAAUUCUUGGGUGAAUGGUUGGGGAAGUACUUGAAAGGAUGUUCGGAGAGCGAACGGGAUGCUAUUCUAAAAAUCCUCUCCAGAAUCUUCGAUUGCUUUCACAAAAAAACUCUUGUGCCCGAAGAAAACGUUCACAUCCUGCAACCCUUAUAUACGAUAGUGUUACCCUACAUUAAGGACGUUUUCAGCGACUUUACUGUGCACUCACAACUUGUCGCAGAACUAGCCGCGCAUUUCACAAUAUGCUCCAAUGGUCAACCGUACGCGUCACCAUUUUUGGCACUAUACAGAUUCUUUUCUGACAACGCCACUGCGAAUGUGGACCUUCGUUUGCAGUACUUUAAAGUAAUAGUUAAUAGCGAGCGAAUCAAUGAAAUCGAUGAAAAGGUGAUAAUACGGAGUUGGUUGAAAUUUGCACUAUUGAAUAACCGGGAUCAGCUUGAGGAUAUUUCUCGAGCGGUUUGUCGUUUGCGGGAGUUCCAAGCGAUAUGUGAAAUUCCAGAGUACGAUCUGUGUAAUGGAGAUGAGGAGCCGAUUGUGUUAUUUUUCAAAUUCUUAGGCAAGAAGUAUCGACAAUAUGAAGGAAAGGACAGUCGUGCACAAUACGAGUUGACUAUUAAAGUACAUUCGUUGUUCCAAUAUUUCGAUAAAUGGAUAACAAAUCCAAGCAUGAUUGUACUGAGAAGGAUAAUGAAUGUAUUGGCAUUGGCUCUGAAAGAGUGUGGAUCAGUUAUUUAUAUCAAGAGCAAUUCAACAUGUUUGUAUCACGUGGCAUUUAAUAAAUAUUUUUUACCGAUUAGCGUACUGACCGACAGAAAUGUUCCCAAAGAAACAAUUCUGGCAAUGGGCAAAGUUUGGAAUCAAGUCAUGAAUGCAAUGGGUCAAAUGAAUUAUAGAACCGAUCCGGUAAUAAGUGAUCACGUAACGAAUAUGAUGAUCAAAUGGGUCCCACAAUUUGUAAAAUAUAAAGAUAAAAACGACGGAGUCAAACCAUUUGUAAACUUUUUUUCAUCGCAGAACGAGCCCCUAAUAACAUUUGCAUUCAGUAAAUAUUCAUUAUUUUAUGUUGAAUUACACGGAACUUCGCCUAAACCAGGAUCAGAAAAUGGCAUGAAAAUUCUUCUAUCACUAUUGACUACACUUUGCAGCUUGCAGGAUAACAGCAAAAUUGCACUUUUUAUACGAUUGAUGGCCCCUGCAAUACUAGAACAUGCCUUACUAGUUAACGAAACAUUUGCCACCAAAGCGAUUGCCAAUAGCCUGGUUAACAACAUGCUCCAAUGUAUCCACAACAACUCGAAUCUCAUCAAGAUGGAACUCAAGUCAUGCCUUUCAACGUUUACAAAGAAAAAUCUUCCAAUAUAUUCGGGAUUUUAUUUCCGCUUCAUGUACAACUUGGCAGACCGGGAGCCCGAAUUUAUCAAAUCUAUGAUUGCGACAAUUAAAACGGAAUUAGCGGAAACGGAGCGAUUGCGUGGCGGAGGAGAGGAUAAAUAUUUAAGACGUUUGCUGAUGCAACUGGAAGGUGCUGUCGAAGCAAGUUUUUAUAAAAAUAGGAUUUAGAUUUAAAUGUUCAAAUGUACAAUAUUUUACUAGAGAUAUUUGUUUUAUGUUUUUUGUAUACGAAAUAUAUGUUUAAUGUUAAACUGUUUCAUGCAGUCUACCCAAAAAGGGACGAGGAAAAAAAUCUCGGGGUAUUGAAACAAACACAGUGGCCUUUCAUAUAUCACGUACAAGGUGCGGAAAACUCGCUCACCGCCAUGAGCGUACAUGAAUUUGUUUCCUUAUACAUCGUCGGGGGUUUACGCUCUCGUUAAAAAGAUACAGACCCACACAACUCGUUCCGCAUCACACCGUAUGCGAUUACGAAAAGAGAGAGAAUCGGAAAUCGCAAAAUUUUUUAACGCGUUCCGCAUUGCCGAUGCAGUGAGGUAAUGAGUGCCAUCGAACAUAUUCGGCAGCGAACAUGUUCGUUCGGAAAAAUGAUCCAAAUCUUCGUGCGCAAUCCUGAAACUAAACGAUUGAAAUAUAUGGCUGGCCUGAAAAUAUCGGUAGGAGUCAGUGUCCGCCUGGACACCGCACGGAGUGGCAGUUUCUGCUGUGUAGGUUCAACUCGCAGUCAUUUCCUUGCUGCGUGUUAAUUCUAUCAUGCGCAUAUUAAUGCU